AUGCCACUUGAAAGUACGAUUAUCUGUAUUGACAAUAGUGAUUUUAUGCGUGAUGGAGAUUUUAUUCCGACAAGAAUGCAAGCACAACAAGAUGCUGUUUCACUUAUAUUUCAUGCUAAAACAAGAUCAAAUCCAGAAAAUAAUGUUGGAUUACUUACACUUUCAGAUGGAAGAGUUGUUACUCAAUUAACGAAUGAUGUGGGCAAAGUCUUUUCAAAAUUACAUUUAUUACCAAUAGAAGGAAAAACUGAUUUUUGUAAAGGAAUUAAAGUUGCUAAUUUAGCAUUGAAACAUCGUCAAGGAAAAAAUCAUCGACCACGUAUUGUUGCUUUUGUUGGUAGUCCACUUGAUGUUGAUACAAGUGAAUUUACAAAAUUAGCAAAACGAUUAAAAAAAGAAAAAAUAUCCAUUGAUAUUGUCAUAUUCGGUGAUGAAUCAUCAAAAGAAAAAUUUGAAGAAUUUAUUACGAUAGUCAAUGGAAAAGAAAAUACAAAUUGUCAUUUAAUAUGUGUUCCAUCUGGUGCUAAUCUACCUGAUACACUUAUUAAUACACCAAUUAUUCAAAGUGAAGAUGGUUCAGGUUUACCAACUGGAUAUUCAGCUAGUGCUUUUGCAUUUGGAAUUAAUCCUGAAGAUGAUCCUGAAUUAGCUAUGGCACUUCGUAUUUCAAUGGAAGAACAACGACGUGUACAAGAAGCUGAAAUAGGUCGUGGUACAGGUAAUGAAGGAGGUCAACAAAAUUCAACAGCAGCCAUAGGAACUUCUAGUACAAUAUCAGAUGUUCAAACAGGUUCUAAUGAAAUGGAUGUAACUCGUCUUACAGAAGACGAACAAAUUGCAUUAGCUAUUCAAAUGUCAAUGUCACAAGCUGAAAGUGGUAAUGUAAAUGAGGUUGAAAUGAAAGAAGAACCUACUGGUGAACAAACAACAAAAACAACUGAAGAACAACAAAAUCCGGAUUCAUUUGCAGCUUCACUUAAUGAUCCACAAUUUCUACGUGAUGUUCUUCGAGAUUUACCAGGUGUUGAUGUUGAUAGUGAAGCUGUACGUGCUGCACUUGAACAAGUCCAACAACAAAAACGAAGUACCGAUGAUAAUGAUGAAACAGCAAAGAAGAAAAAAGAUGAUAAAUAA